CUAGACUCCAGGCUCCUGCCCUGGCCUGAGCGCAGAACAUUUGGGGACAGAGCUGUGUCUCUCCCUAUCACAACCCUGGACACACCAACCUGUACACCAACAUGACCGAUGUGGCGAUAGUGAAGGAGGGAUGGCUGCACAAAAGAGCUAGACAUUCCUCAGCAUUGAGCAGUGUUUGUGGCUCGGGCGGUGAGAGGUAGCUGGCAUAGCAGCAGCUUUGCUAUGUAAAGGGACUACCGGCUAAGCCGAUGGAGAAGGGCUGAUAGCCGAUAGACUAGAAGAGGCCGAUAUCGGCCCGAUACAUCGGUUCAGGCAUAUUAUCAGUCGUUUUGUUAUGUGGGAACCGACCCAACUGAUUAACUCUGUCUCAUGACACUGCAAUGCUGAUCACCCCAGGACUUUGUCUGGCUGCCAGCUUUACCGACAGGCUCGCCUCGCCUCCUUCCCACACACCCUUCAUUAGGUUACAGCCUGCCAUAGGCCACACACUGGUCCUGCUCAUACACACACACCACCUCACUAUAGCAGCAGGGGCUGCCCCAGGGCCAUUAUGCCCUGUCCACACUCACGCCACCCAGCUAGCUAAAACUGUACCAGUAACCAAACUUUAAACGCCAGAAGCAGAGUCAGGGGCAGCAGCAGAGGGUCGCUCCCCAGGAGGGGAGUGCUCUGCCUGGUGUCUGGGUGUCAGCAGGGCCCCCUGCUCUGGUAAUGGGAAGCAGCCUCCUGCUAAAUGUGGUGGAGAUAAGUACAUUGUCUGGGUACAGCUGUCGACAGGCAGGCUGGAUGGUAGGAGAACAGGAGGCCAGGGAGAGCCACCUCCGUCACUUGUCUCCGCUCGCAGUGAGCCCGCUGUGUGCUUACUUUUCUGUGCAACAUCCUCCUGCUCCACAACUGUGGCUCCUGGCUGUGCUCCCCCUACCCCUCUCUCUCGCUGUAUUUGUCACUUACUUUCUUUAUUCAAUUCUCUCUGUCCCCCUUUUCUCUCUUUACCCCAUAUCCUGCUUCCUACUCCCACUCUCUUCCUCCUCUCCCUCUUUCUUAAUCCUCUCAUUUCUUCUCUGCCUCUGCCAGUCGCCCCCCUCCCCUUUGCCAGGAUAAUGACCCUGCUGACAACACAGAGCCGAGGCGGAAGCUGCUUCUGACUGGUGUGGCGCUCCCAGUCUGACAUCAAUCACAUCACUGGCUCUCCCCGGCAGCUGGGACAGCGAGAGAGGUGGAGUGUGGACAGGCAGGGCUGCUCAGCUGUCCAUAGAGCCUGACUUUGACUGUAUGUUCAGGCUGCUGUCACGUUCAUCAGACCAUCAUCAUGAUACACACCCAGAUUACACGUAGUGCCUCAUCUGGCUCAGGGACAACUUGUCAUUAUGGAUCACAGACAGAUAUACCCUAACAAGUGUAUUUGAAUUGGCCUUACCUCUCCUUAAGGUAGAAAUGUAAUGUCCCCCUUUUAUUAUACAUGAUUGUAUCAUUUAAGAGUGAUGGACUGUUCCCUGGUCAUUUAAAGUUAAUUGGCACUCAUUUGAACUGAAUAAUGUGUGUUUAUUUGUUUGUCAUGCAGUAACCCAGUUAACUAAUCCAUGGUCGGCUUGUUUACCAAAAGGAGGGGCCAAAUUUCACACACAGAAAAGCAGGGUGUACUUCCCACAGUGUGUCUAUGGUAAUAAGCAGGUGUCAUUUGCUGUGGAGAAGAAGUGAGGGCUUUCUUACGAGCGUGAGAAAGAGGGGCAGACUCCGCACCCCCUCCCCGUGUCCCCCCUUUUUUCCUGUAGCAGCAGCAGCCGCAGCAGCAGAGCGGGAGGGGGAGAUGAAGAGAGGGCUGCAGUGGAGGCUGAGGCGGCCCUUCCCUGCGACCUGUUGAGGCUGCUGCCAAAGCCCCGGCAGUGCAGUCCCAUCCAGCUGCAUGGGAGAAAGAGAUGGGCCAACAAAAGAAGAGGGGGACAGCAGGAAGAAAAGAAAGAAUGAAGGAGCCCAAACUCCUGGGCGGUUUAGCCUGGCAUGAGAGUACAUUAAGACCUGGAGGCCCAGGUAUUUUCUACUCAAGACUGAUGGUACAUUCAUAGGCUACAAGGAACGACCACAACAUGUUGAGGCACUCGAGACCCCUUUAAAUAACUUCUCAGUAGCACAGUGCCAGCUGAUGAAGACUGAGAGGCCCAAGCCCAACACAUUCAUCAUCCGCUGCCUGCAGUGGACCACUGUUAUCGAGCGCACCUUCCACGUGGAGACCCCCGAGGAGAGGGAAGAAUGGACGAAGGCCAUUGAGGCCGUAGCAGACAGUCUACAGAAAGAGGAGGAGGAGAUGAUGGACUCCUCCCCAGACCCAAUGGACAUGGAAAUGUACCUGACCAAACCCAGACUCAAAGUGACUAUGCACGACUUUGAAUACCUCAAACUCCUAGGAAAAGGCACUUUUGGCAAAGUGAUCCUGGUGAAGGAGAAGGCCACAGGACGCUACUAUGCCAUGAAAAUCCUGAAGAAGGAAGUAAUCGUAGCGAAAGAUGAAGUGGCACACACACUCACAGAAAACCGAGUGCUCCAGAAUUCCAAGCAUCCGUUCUUGACGGGCCUGAAAUACUCCUUCCAGACUCAUGACCGGUUGUGUUUCGUCAUGGAGUAUGCGAACGGCGGAGAGCUGUUCUUCCACCUGUCCCGGGACCGGGUGUUUUCUGAGGAGCGGGCUCGGUUCUAUGGGGCGGAGAUAGUGUCAGCACUGGACUACCUGCAUGCUGAGAGGAACGUGGUCUACAGAGACCUGAAGCUGGAAAAUCUGAUGCUGGACAAAGACGGACACAUACAAAUCACUGACUUUGGACUGUGUAAGGAGGGGAUCACAGACGGGGCCACCAUGAAGACCUUCUGUGGGACACCAGAGUACCUGGCCCCAGAGGUUCUGGAGGACAAUGACUAUGGCCGGGCGGUGGACUGGUGGGGUCUGGGCGUGGUCAUGUACGAGAUGAUGUGUGGUAGGCUGCCCUUCUACAACCAGGACCACGAGAAGCUGUUUGAGCUCAUCCUCAUGGAGGACAUCCGUUUCCCACGCACCCUGGGCCAUGAGGGCAGGUCCCUGCUCUCAGGCCUGCUCAAAAAGGACCCCAAGCAGCGGUUAGGUGGUGGACAGAAUGAUGCUAAAGAGAUCAUGCAGCACAAAUUCUUUGCUGGGAUUGAAUGGCAAGAUGUUUAUGAGAAGAAGCUGGUCCCGCCUUUUAAGCCGCAGGUUACCUCCGAAACAGACACGCGGUAUUUUGACGAGGAGUUCACAGCACAGACCAUCACUAUUACACCGCCCGGACAAGAAGACAGCAUGGAGUCGUUUGACAGCGAACGGAGGCCCCACUUCCCACAGUUCUCCUACUCUGCGAGUGGGACAGCCUAAACACCCCCUCUCAUUCCUCUGGUCCCAACAUUUCCCCUCACCCUACCAGACUGCACAUCCAACUACAUUCGCCCCAUCCUUUUUUUUAAACUUCCAGUGUCGCAUAUAGUAUUGUUGAACAGGCAUUUGCUCUCUGCAAGUUUGGUAAUUAUAGGGGGAAAUACUUCAUACUACACAAAUGAAAAACUGGUUGUUUCUGUGGCUCCUAAAGACUUUUCUAAUGGUGAGAGAUAACACUACAGUGUUGCUUGUCUUGAUGAGUUGAGUCAGACAAGCUUGAUGUUCAUAAAACUACACUUUAUAGGAAAAGGGUGGCAAUGCAGCAAUGUGGUAUAUCAAUUUAGAAUGGUCAGGCUACACUUUCCUAAACUUCUAUUUGCCUUGCUUCUGUCAGCACCUGUUAUAUUUGUCACACAUUAUUCACCAAGUGAACAUUUUACGGGACCGUAAGGAUUGUAUCGGAAUUAGCCAUGUAAAAUGUAAAUGUCUUUUUGAUGUUCUUUGUUUAAGGCAAAGACAUAUUGUGGACCAACAGCAACAACAAAAUAUGACCAAUGACUUAAUUUUCCAUGUAGUGGGAGGUUUAAUCAUAUUUAGAUAUUGUUAUCAGGACUUUCACAUUACACUAAUCACUAUUUGACCAACACUUUGAAACCUGUUGUUCUGCCAUUUGAAUGUACCUAAUCAAUAAAAUGUAUAAUUCUGCAUACCUAACUGUAGAACAUGGUUGAUUCUCAUAGGACUUCCAUUCCUCAAAAGAUCAUUCUUAUAUAUAUAUAUGUUAGAGCCCCAAAACAUUCUAGAACAAAGGGAGAAUGACAUGGUCUAUUGACCUCUGUCAGAGCGCUCCGCUCCAUUAUCAGGCUAAUGACAAAUUGUGCAAUACAAUGGCAGACACUUAAAGAACUGAUUGUGGGAUCAGGCAUACAAUGUAAAUGUGUUCAAGCUUGCCGUCACUGAAUCUCAGAACUGUGUCUACACGGUCAAUUGGAUAUCCUUUUGCUGUUGUCCCAUUUGAAAAGACAGUUACUCUAAUCUCUCUGGACUAUGUGCUUGGAUCAUGAUGCCUUCCUGUCUGAAUGCUGUGUUUCAAACACUCUUGGCUGUUUCUUUCUGAACUGGCCAGUCAGGUACUGAUCCUUUCUGCCCAAUCAGGGAAUCUUCUGUCUCUGGGUUUUUUCCUCUUCCACAGUAUUGGGUGUUUUCCUCCCAGUGUAUUCACUACAGCCUCAAUGAGGUCACUGUAACAACAUACAGUCCUUCAGGACUUACUCCAUAAACAAGCUGGGCUGUGGUUCAGGGGAAAACAAGUUGAGUCUGCUUUGAUCUCUAUAGGUAGGGAUCAGGGUACAUGGUUCUGAGUUAUUUAUAGAAAACGAGUGACUGUGCCAAUGAUAUGCAAUUUCCUGCCCCAAAACUUGUAUUUGUACACUUAUUUGUACUUGUUACACUUUAGUCAAUUCUGAAAGGUGUGAACUAUUAAAGGCUUGUUUGCGUAAUUAAACCCUCUAUACAGAUUGCUGUAGAUAAACUGAGAAUCUUGGAAAUGCUUUUUGGGGAAACUGCAGUGUUUCCAGAGGACUGAUAACUAUGAAGUUAAUGUUAUUGAAUGUAAAAGCAUUUUUAUUUUCACCUCAAUUCCUUGAUUGGAUUGUUACUUAUUCUUGUGCGCUGUGCCCCCUCCUGUGCACCCUUUGCUGUCACCCCCUAAAAAUGGGGAAAUGCCUUUAAUACCUUUAUUUUUUUGUACCUGCCCUUUCCCAUUACGGAAACUGAGGACACCAGCUUUAGUAAACAAAUAGUAUAACCGUUGUACACUUUUUACAGUUUCUUUCAAAUUUAUAUAAAAUGUCUUAACAAUU